UACCUGGUGCCUCAACUCAGUCCAGUGACUUAAGACUCUUGACCUGCUGGAUCAGCUCCUUCCAAAUGCCCUUUGACACAUGAGUACAAAUUUUUGCCUUGCUAUUGGCCUUGUCGUUUAUGGAAAACAAAAAUCCCAGGUAAUAAUAGUUGAGGAUGCCAGCCCCCUGGCGAAUAUGCUGCGAUAAAAAAUCCAGAACUAAGAAUGGAAAAGCUGAAAUGGACAAUAUGGCAGAGACGAGUGAAAAAAUGCAGAUGAAAAAAGAAAUCACGUUACUAAAUGGAAUUUCUUUAAUUGUAGGGAACAUGAUCGGCUCUGGGAUAUUUGUAUCACCCAGAGGUGUGUUAAUGUACAGUGCUUCCUAUGGACUCUCUCUAGUCAUCUGGGCGCUCGGUGGGAUGUUUUCGCUGUUUGGAGCUUUGUGUUAUGCUGAAUUGGGAACAUCCAUCGUUAAAUCUGGAGCCAGUUACGCCUAUAUCCUGGAAGCAUUUGGUGCCUUUGUGGCCUUCAUCAGACUCUGGUCUUCCUUGCUAAUUAUUGAACCAACAACUCAGGCAGUGAUAGCAAUCACAUUUGCUAACUAUAUUGUUCAACCAAUUUUUCCUCAUUGUGAGCCGCCAUAUGACGCAGUCAGGUUGAUUGCAGCUGCUUGUAUAUGUUCCUUAACAUUUAUUAAUUGUGUUAAUGUCAAGUGGGGAACCCGUGUACAAGAUGUUUUCACAUAUGCAAAAGUUAUGGCUCUUAUCUUGGUGAUAUCUGUUGGCCUUUACAAAAUUGGUAAAGGAGAAACGGAAAACCUGAGAGCUCCGUUCGAGGGCUCAGCAACAAACCCAGGGAUGAUCGCGCUGGCUCUCUACUCUGCCCUCUUCUCCUACUCGGGAUGGGACACGCUCAACUACGUCACCGAGGAAAUGCAGAACCCCGAGAGGAAUCUACCUCUUUCUAUUGCAAUUUCAAUGCCUAUUGUGACUGUUAUUUACUUGCUGACUAAUAUAGCAUACUACGUAGUGUUGGACAUGUCGGCUCUCCUCACAAGUGAUGCAGUGGCUGUGACGUUUGGCGGUGAAACCCUUAGUUAUGCUAAGUGGAUAAUUCCUAUAGCAGUGGCCAUGUCUUGCUAUAGUGGCUUAAACUCAUCAAUAAUUGCAGCAUCUAGGCUUUUUUAUGUUGGAGCCAGGGAAGGACACCUCCCUGACAGUCUGAGCUUGAUUCAUAUAAAGCGCUUCACACCAGUCCCUGCUCUCCUCUUCAAUGGCUUAAUGACUUUGCUUUAUCUCCUUGUGGAAGAUGUUUUCCUCCUCAUUAAUUACUACUGCUUCAACUACUGGCUCUUUGUGGGUCUGUCUAUUGCAGGACUGAUAUAUUUGAGGUAUACUCAGCCGCAUAGACCACGGCCUAUUAAACUUAACCUCUUCUUCCCUAUAGUAUACUGUUUAUGUUCCCUUUUCCUGGUCAUAGUUCCUCUCUACAGCGAUACAAUCAAUUCCCUUAUUGGUGUUGGUAUUUUCAUUCCUGCAUAUUAUUUGGGAGUCUAUCUGCCAGUUGAAAAACGACCUAAAUGUCUACAGUGGCUCUCUGCUAAAACAACAAAAUAUGUUCAGAUGCUCUUCUACUGUGCUCUGUCAGACCUGGACAUAGACAUGGAACCUACAGCAGCUAAGAGUAAAUAGAGUUGCCUUGACAUUGAAAGUUGCACCUCGACAUUUUUUAUCUGGAGCAAUUUUUACCAUCUGAAGUUCUCCCCAUGUACUCAGUUAUACUGAAGCACUAACCACUGUGCUAUGCAUCAGUUUGAUGACUGUUAAUUUGUGCUUGUUUUAUAAACCACUCUGUUUUACAGGAUUUUUAAAAAAAAUCUGUUUAAUAGUGAGUUAUCAUGUAACACUUUGAAACUAUAAAGCACUGUAUGAACAAACAUUUAUUAGUAGAUAAGUGCUAAAUAUUAGAGUAAUUGCAAAAUUGUAAUAAAAAGUAUUAGGUCUAAUCAUAAUCCUAAGAAAUAAAUUUAUAAAUAUAACAAAAGACAGACCAGAUAUUUGCAAGAUUCAAAACCUGAGAUGGAAAGUAGAAACCACAGUGUACUUCUGAAAAUACAACCAAAUUCUUAGCCAAAGUAAAAAAUAUAUAAUUCAAACUGGUAGACAUGCUUUGAGUCAAUGUAGUAUUUGUGGUAAAUAUUCUAAUGCAUAAUUCCCAGCAUACAUACUGAACCAAAAGGAGAAAACCAAAG